AUGUUUGCUGCGUUGCUGAUCGUCGCCUUGCCCUGCACAGAGACGUCUCAGCGGUUGCAUCGCCGUGGCAAGUUGCGAGCGGCCAGUUGGAUGCUUGCUGCUACGUUGCUGAUCUCCCUGCUCUGCGCAGCGCCGAUCAUGCCGUGCGUUGGGGCGCCGUCAGGUAACAGGAAGCUGCAGUGCGGUGGGCGAGUGGGCGAGUGGGGGAAUGGGGGAAUGGGGAAUGGGGGCCAGGUGCAGGUGCAUGCGGCAUGGAUGGAGGCAUGGAUGGGGCAUGGAUGGGGCAUGGAUGGGGGCAUGGAUGGGGGCAUGGAUGGGAGCAUGGAUGGGAGCAUGGAUGGGGGCAUGGAUGGGAGUGUGGUUCGGGGCGUGCAUGGGGUGCCCACUUCUCGAGCAGGUGCACGUGCGGGCGGGCUGGCAUGGGUCCGCAGCAACACCAGGCUGCUGCGGCGACUCCACCCACCCACCCCCCCCACUUCCCCCCACCUUUCCCCUUCCCGCCUCUCACGUGCCCGCUCCUGUUCAGGGUGCCCACUUCUCGAGCAGGUGCACGUGCGUGCGGGCGGGCAUGGGUCCGCAGCACCAGGCUGCUGCGGUGGCGCCGCCAUUCCCUGCGGGACAUUGGAGCACGCUCUCUCCAUGUUGCCCCCAUCAGGCGGGUCACUGCUUCUCUCCCCAGGCUCCCACCGCCUCCCCACUGCUGGUCUCGCUCUUGGUGCCCGAUCCAUCUCCCUCCUCCCCGCCCUCCCCUCAGCCGUUCCCAACCCUUUUCCUCCUUCCCUUCCUCCUUCUCCUUCUCCUCCUCCUCCUCCUCCUCCUCCUCCUCCUCCUCCUCCUCCUCCUCCUCCUCCUCCUCCUCCUCCUCCUCCUCUUCCCUAUCUCCCUGCGGUCCCUGCCGUUCCGAUUAUUGAGUGCGGAGGGGAGGCUUGUCUCUCUGCCGUCUGUGAUCCAGCCACUGCCGUGGUGCCAUGUGGCAGCGCGCGAUUGGUCCUCGCAGGGAUCGCCGUGCAGAACGGCCGGGCCGGCGCGCCACGUGGCGGCUGCCUAUUGGUCGAGAACCAGGCCGUCCACGUCAGCAACGCCUCCUUCACCGGCUGCUAUGCGGCCACUCACGGCGGCGCAAUCUCAGUCCUCAACGCGCCACGUGUCACUCUCUUGCGCGUCCACGUCAGCGCCUCAUCCGUCUCCACCCACUUAGGAGGUGGUGGGGGCGUGGCAUUACGAAACGUGACUAUAGCGAGCGUGACCGAGUGCUGGUUUGAGGGGUGUACGACAAAGGCUGGUAUUGGGGGAGGUGUUUACUGCGAGGCCAGUGGGUUGGAGGUGCGGGGAGGGGCAUUCUCGCGCUGCGCCGCUGAUGCGAAUGGAGGCGGGCUGGCGACUAGCGGGUGCUCUGGGCGAAUUGAUGGCGUGACAUUUUCCGAAAAUAACGCCACCAUGGGGGGCUGCAUGGCAGACACAGCCUCCCCCUCCUUCGCCGUCUCGCGCUGCUCCUCCGUCACCCUUGAUUGCUUCUCCUUUCGCCAAUCCCUCCUAUCCACCCUCCAUCUCAUUCCCUUCAUCAGGCCACCAUCGGGGGCUGCCACUAUAGGCGGCUGCAUGGCAGACACUGCCUCCCCCUCCCUCGCCGUCUCGCGCUGCUCCUUCCGCUCCUGCCUCGCCGCCAACCCACUAGCCGACCCCUUCACAACCUACAUGUGUGGCGCUGCUAUCCACGCCAACCACACCGCCCACCUCUCCCUCUCCCUCUCCCACUCCCUCGCCCUCUCCCUCUCCGCGACCAUAGGGGGAUGUAUGGCAGACACAGCGUCCCCCUCCCUUGCCGUCUCGCGCUGCUCCUUCCGCUCCUGCCUCGCCGCCAACCCACUAGCCGACCCCUACACCGAAUACAUGCGCGGAGCCGCCAUUCACGCCAACCACACCACCGCCCUCUCCGUCUCCCUCUCCUCCUUCCUCAACGGCUCUGGCUCCAUGGGCGGGGCAGGGAUCAUGGCUCUAGGCGUCGCCAACCUCACGGUUACCGCCUGCGAGUUUCGCGGUAACCGUGCGUUCAGACUGCGGAGCGGCGGAGGGGCGGCGCUAGAAGGGCAGUAUAGCAACGUGACCGUCCGACAUUCCCAGUUUCUCAACAACCUUUCAGAAUCCCCCAUGAUAGCUUUGGGAGGAGCAGUCUAUUUCAUAGACUGCCCUAGUCUCUUCUCCAACUGCUCGUUUCUCGGGAAUGAGGCGAGGCACACUACGGAGUCAGCGACGGGUCAUGGAGGCGCGCUGCUGCAUGCGUGGGGGAUGACGGAGAGCGCUGCAGUGCGGAUGGAGGUGGAAGACUGUGUGUUUGAAGGGAAUCUGGCGCGGUUUGGAGGUGCGGCGAGCUUUGAGAGCGAGGCUGUUAUUCGGCGCACCCGGUUCCUCCGCAACUCGGCGUCUUUCCGCGUCGGCGGUGCGGUGCUCUUGAUGCGGGGGGCGGCAGUGGCAGACUGUGAGUUCAGCGGCAAUACGGUGCUGCACAAUGGAGGGGCUAUAACCACUGGGGGUGUCGGAAUUACCAACAUCACCCGCACCACCUUUCUCAACAACACUGCUCUUUCGGGGGAAGGGGGGGCGAUCUACGUGCAAGAGGUGAGAUGGGCGGCGUCGGAAUUCUCCCACUUUCUCAACAACACCGCUUUGUUGCUCUCUGCUCCUCUUUCUCCCGAAAGGAACGAUGCUGCUCUCUCUCUCGCACUCCCCUUCGUCUCCCCUCACCCCUUUCGACAGCAACAUUCCCCGUGGCAUCUGGCUGGCAGCGCACCUCAGGGACCGUCCUUGUGUCCCACUCCCUCUUUCUCAACAACACCUCUCUGCUAUCUGCUCUCUGCUCUUCCCCCCUUGUCACACUCCCUUUGUCAGAGCACCUCAGGGACCGUCCUUGUGUCCCACUCCCUCUUUCUCAACAACACCUCUCUGCUCUCUGCUCUUCCCCCCUUGUCACACUCUCUUUGUCAGAGCACCUCAGGGACCGUCCUUGUGUCCCACUCCCUCUGUCUCAACAACACCUCUCUGCUCUCCAAGGGCGGAGCCAUCGCUUUCUCUGGCAACAUACUCGCUGAAGACAACUCCACUUUCGUUAACAACUCCGCUCUGGUGAAGGGUGGAGCAAUAUCAGCCUCCUACAUGCCUUUCACCCUCCAUUUGCGCCCACUCUCCUACUCCGUCUCCUCCUCUCCCCCGUCAGUGGAAGGCUCUUCAGCAGCAGCAGUAAAUGGAACCCUCUACCCCGUCUCCAUCUCCCACUCACACUUCCUCUCCAAUCGCGCCGAUCUGGGCGGGGGAGCAAUCUCCCUCUCCUCCCAAGCAGCACUCACCGCACUCAACUGCUCCCUCCUCCACUGCCGCUCUGGCAGCGGCGGCGCCGUUCUGAUCGAGGACUUUGGACGGCUCAGAUUGCACCGCAGCGAGUGCUCUUGGAACCAGGCGCCAUCCGGGGGAGGCUGCAUCUCCCUCGGGGAAUUUGCCACUGCUACAGUCACGUCGUCUAACGUCACGUGCAACGACGGCGGGAACGAGGGCGGAGCGCUGCGUAUGACUGGCCAAACGCUCCUCUCCCUCUCCUCAUCUCUCCUCUCUAACAACUCGGCUUUAGACGGAGGAGCCCUGUGGGCGGAAAUGAACGCCCAGGUUCAGAUCUCCGGUUCGAAUCUCACCGGAAACACAGCGAAAGUGCAAGGCGGCGGGGUGUAUGCUAUCCACAAGUCGAACCUCUCGGUUUACGACUCGCUGUUUGUGGCAAACCGGGCUUUGGUGGGCGGUGGGUUGCUAGCGGAAGGAGAGGUGGUGGUUUCGGUGACCGGAAAAUCAGGGUUUGAGCGGAAUGAGCAACAUGGUGUGGUGCUGCUGGGGCAGACCAAGGCGAGGUUUCAAGACACGGGGUUUAGAGGGAACGGUGCGGUAGGGUCGAGGGACGGCGGGGCGGUUCAGGUGUCGGAUGUGGCUGUGGUGGUUCUGGUGGGAGGGGUGGUCAUGGAGAGGAAUUGGGCGAGGAGAGGCGGGGCGGUUUUUGCCGAUGCUGAUAGCAGCCUGACUCUGUCGGGUGAUUUGCUGGGAGGCGCAGCAGCAGGGGGAGUAGUAGGAGGAGCAGCAGGGGUAGGAGCAGCAGGAGUGAAAAGAGCAGCAGGGGAAGGAGCGGCUGCAGGGCCAUCCUCGAUACAAGCCCGGCUGCGGCCGCGGCUUAUAAGGAACCGCGCGGAGCAGCAGGGAGCAGGGAUAUUCGCAGGAGGCAACACCACCAUCACCAUCGCAGGCACUACUUUUCUCAACAACAAAGCCGGGGAAUCGGGAGCAGGAAUAGCCAUUCUAGAGCAGGCUCACGGCACCCUCACGGCGUGUGCUUUCAAGAGGAAUGUGGGGGGAGGGGAGGGCGCAGGGGUGUAUAUCAACCGGGGGGGAGCAGCGGGAGGGGAGGUGGGGGAUGCUGGGGCUGCAUCGGUGGCUGCGCCUCAGUUAUCCUUUCCUCCAUGCGCUCGCCCUGCCUACGCUGCCAUCCCACCGCACCGCACCAACCCCCAGGACACCUUGGGGUCUCCGCCAACUUCCUUCAUGAUGUGGUGGGAGGGCAGUGGCGAGCAGGAUGCAGGCGGCCAGGCGAGGUACAGGGUGAGGGGGGACAUGGCCAACCCAACCUGGUGGGAGGGCAGUGGCGAGCGGGACACAGGGGGAGAGGCAAGGUGGGAAGGCAUUGGCGAGCGGGACACAGGCGGAGAGGCGAGGUACAGGGUGAGGGGAGACAUGGCCAGCCCCGUCUCAGGGCUGCAUGUCACUCUGCUUGAUGCUGCCGGCCUUUUGGCUUCUAAGCUGCACGUCACCCCUGCUCGACCCUGCCGGACUCUUGGCUUCUCUACACACCCCUCUCCCUCCUUUUCACACUCCCCUCUCGCACAUCAGGAUUACUCAGUGUUGGUGGAGGUGGUACCGAGUCCAUUCAUUGCAGGGGAGCUCCGAGCAACAGCAGUGGGCGGCACUGUCACUGAUGACUCGGUGUUGGUGGAGGUGGUACCAAGCCCAUUCACGCCGGGUGAACUUCGAGCAACAGCAGUGGGUGGCACUGUCACUGAUGACUCAGUGUUGGUGGAGGUGGUGCCAAGCCCAUUCAUCGCGGGGGAGCUCCGAGCAACAGCGGUGGGCGGCACUGUCACUGUGCUGCUCCCUUCACAACUAUCACCCUUUCUUACCCAUCUUCUCCCCUCCCGUGCACAUCAGGAUGACUCGGUGUUGGUGGAGGUGGUGCCAAGCCCCUUUAUCGCGGGGGAGCUCCGAGCAACAGCAGUGGGCGGCACUGUCACUGUGCCGCCCAUCACCAUAGUCCAACUCCCUCCCUCCCUCACUCCUGCUCUUCCUACCACUGACCCCACCGGUACCCCAACUGGUAACCCUACCGCUGCUGCUUCUACCAGUGGUGAUCCCAUCGCUGCUGCUUAUUCCACUGCUCCUACUGAUGCUCCCACUGACGCUCCUGACGCGACAGCUGGCGUGCUGUCAUUGGCUGUGGCUGUCAGCAGCCCGCUGAACGCGUUCCCGCUGUUUCAGCGCAUGCUGGAGAUCGUUUUCUGCCCGGCCGGGCACCUGAUGCGAUGCUCCACCUGCCCCAUCGGCAGCUACUGCGGGCCGGGAAGGGGCGCCCAGCACUGCCCAGAUGGCACCUUCUCCUUCCGCCCAGGUGCCACCUCCCCCACUGACUGCCUCCCCUGCCCCAACACCACCAACGCCCGCACCCACCUCCCCGCUAUGACGUGUUCUGAUGGCGUUGCUGACGUGGCGGCGGGGUAUUGGCUGGAUUCGGGGAGUGUGGCGAAAGGGCAGGUGGUGGUGUAUUCGUGUGAUGUUCUCAACGGGUGCCCCGGGUUUCAGGCUUCUACCAUCCAAAACGGAAGUGAUUCUCAGCUUUACCCGAAUCCGGAUUCGGGCUCGGCGCAAGGAGGAGGGGGUGUGGUGGCGGCAGUUUGCAGCGAGGGGAAGGGGGAGGGGGAGCAGGGGCGGUGUGGAGGGGUUGAGGGGGGUGUUGGGGAGUACGGGCAGUGCGGGGAGGGGUAUGCCCAAGUGCGGCUGUGCUCUGAGUGUGCUCCAGGUUUCUACUCUCUCCUCAGGGAGUGCCGCCCCUGCACCACCACUCUCACCACUCUCUUCCCGCUCUUCCUCACGCUGAUCCUGCUCGCCUGGGCAGCCAUGGCUCUCCUCUCCUCCGCCUUCCACGCAGCAGCCAUCUUCCUCUCAGACCUGCAGCUUCUUGCACUCAUCGCGUCCUACAGCAUACCGCUCCCCACCUGGCUCAACCCCUUCAUCCAACUCUUCCAGCUCUCACUCUUCAUCCCCGACCUGAUAGCACCUGCUUGCUCCACACCCUUCGGCUACGAGCAGGAAUGGGCAGUCACCAUGCUCAUACCCCUUACAGGCCUCCUCGUUUAUGCAACACUCUUUGCCCUGCGCAAGCUCUACCUGUUUGUUUUCUGUAGCAAAAGCACCUCUACUGCUGCAGUUACCACCUCCACUUCCCCUCCUCCUCAUCCUGCUGCUGCUGCUCCUGCUGCUACUCCUACCACCAGCAACACAGGAGCAGAAGACACUGCUUCCCCCAACCACCCUCCGUCCCACACCCACUCCGACCCCUUCAAUUACACCCUAUUCCACGGGGUAACCAACUGGUUAGACCUCUGUUACGCCCCUGUCAUUUACCGCUGCCUGCAAGCCCUCCACCCGUACUUCUACGGAAUACAGACGCUCGCCGCCGCCCCGACUAUCGUCUGGUUCUCCGCCGCCCACAACACCAUGUUUGCUUUGUCUGUAGUGGUGCUGGUGCUAUAUGGGGGGGGGUUGCCUCCCUCUCUCCGCCCCUCCCUCCCCAUCCUCCCCACCCUCCCCACCCUCCCCUCCCCUCCUUCCUCCCUCCCCCCUCCCCUCCCCCAAAUGGCACCUGACUUGCUACGCGAGGCGGCUGUUCAUCGCCAGCCUGGCAGCCUUCGCCUGAGCACCCUUCCUUGGCAACAUUUCCCUGUUCCCCUCCCCCGCCCACCCCCCUUCCCCCCUCUUACCCUUCCUCCUCUACCCCUCCUCCCCUUCUUCUCCCCCUCCCUCCCCCAGGUGGCACCUGACAUGCUACAUUCGCCGUCUCCUAAUCUCCAGUGGCACCUGACGUGCUACGUGCGCCGUCUCCUAAUCGCCAGCCUGGCGGUCUUCCCCUGCACGUCCCCCGAGACACAGCUCUCCGUCACUCUCCCUCUGCAAGCCAUCCACAUCGGCCUCCACUUCGCCGCCUCCCCACACUCCUCCCUCUCCCUCGACCUCCUCUCCUCGCUCCUCGCUCUCUCUGAGCUUCUAUUCACGGUUGGACUCACUGGGAAAAGCUAUGUGGUUGUGCCGGCGGCGGCUACGGGGCUGUUUGUGUGUGCGCUCGUGCUGCUGCUCGUGCCGUCGGCGCUGGUUUUGCUAUAUGAAAUGGUGAAUGGGUUCAUAGCGUGGUGUAAUCGCCGGUGGACCCACCACCUGGCCAAGUCCCAGCUCUACGCUGUGCUCUCCCAGGCGCUGCUCGGUGCUGCUGUUGGGGAUGUUACUGUCGCCCGCAUGCCCGCAUGGAAAGGCGAUGCCCGUGUGCUCAGCUCACGGAUUACCCACCAGCAGCAACUGCAGCAGCAGCAGCAGCAGCAGCAGCAGCAGCAGCAGAAUCAACCGCAGCAGCAGUUGAGUCAGCAGGAGCAAGCAAACCAGCAGCAGCAGUUGUUGGGAGUGGCAGUGGGUGGUGGUAUGCCCGGUCUGGCUGGGAUGGCAGCAGCAACGGAGCGGGGGGGCGUGGGGUCAACGAGUGGGCGUCGCAGCAACAUCAGUGUUCUGGUUCGCAGUCUGUCCAAGCGAGAGAGCCUUGGUGGUGUUGCUGGCGCCACUGACCUUCUCUCCUCCAUGUCUGGAAGCAGCUCCCGCCACGAACUGGCGGGAGCAGCAGGAGGGGGAGGAGCAGCAGGGGCAGUAAGAGUGGCAGCAGGGGUAGCAGGAGGAAUGGGAACAACAGGGAUAGGCGAAGGAGCAGGGGCAACAGGGGCAGCAGGGGCAGCAGGGGCAGCAGGGGCAGCAGGGGCAGCAGGGGCAGCAGGGGCAGCAGGGGCAGCAGGGGCAGCAGGGGCAGCAGGGGCAGUAGGGGCAGCAGGGGGGGCUAUGAUCGGCAGCGGUGGUGGAGGGUUGGUGGUGAGGAGUGGGUCCUCCUCACAGGACGUAUCGACAGAGGCAACAGCGUGGGCGUCAGCUAUACGCUCGUACGGCCUCCCUCGAAGCAGCUCCCGCCGCGAAAUCGUCCCCGAAUCGCCCCGAGCACCCGUUGCAGCAGGGAGUAUAGGAGCAGUGCUGGCGGCGGUAGGAGUACCAGGAGGAACGCCCGUAGCCCGAUCCGGGCUAUCCCGUAGAGAGAUCGUACCCGACUCGCCUCUGACCUUCUCCAGAAGCGCUUCCCGCCGCACUGCUCCCGCAGACUCACCCGCUUCUUCCGCCCUCUCCACCUCCCCCUCCGCCGCUGCUGGUCUCCCCAGCCUGACUGGCCCCGGCAGCCUGGGCGGCUUCUCCUUGUCCCGUAGCGGCUCACGCCGCAACCUCUCAGGUGAAUUCUCAGGUGUUUUGCCGGUCGUGCGGCAGUCCAUGUCCCGAAGCUCGUCCCGGCGGGAGAUAUUAUCGGAGAUUGAAGGGGAACUUGCGGCGGCGGGGUUACCAGGUUCGCUCUCCCGGUCUCUCUCCCGGUCGCUGUCUCGGAGCGCGUCGAGAAGGGAACGGUGGAAUGACGGGAGCAGUAACUUUGGAGGAGGGGUUGUGGAGGCAGAAGUGGUGUCUCGCGCUGAGUGGCCGCCCCGGUUAGAGGACCAUGUCACCUGGACUGCUGCUGCUGAGGUUGGGGUUGCUGCUGCUGCUGCUAAUGCUAGUGCUGAUCCUGGUGGUAGUGGUGCUGGUAAUUCUGCUGCUGCUGGUGGUGCUGGCGAAUCUGAUGCUGCUGCUGGUGCUGGUGGUAAUGCUGAUGCUGGUGCUGCUGGUGGUGGUGCUGGUGGUGGUGCUGGUGCUGAUGCUGGUGCUGCUGGUGGUGGUGCUGGUGGUGGUGCUGGUGGUGGUGCUGGUGGUGGUGCUGGUGGUGCUGGUGGUGCUUCUGCUGGCAGAGCAGCAGCAGCCACCACAGCAGCAGUCACCACCACUCCUCCGGCUGCUGACUCAUCCUCACACACAGCUGACUCAUCACCACGUGCAGCUGACUCGUCACCACAGCAGCCCUCCCCGUCGAGCCCUCUGCCAGCGUCCGCUGUUCUCUCACCCCCGUCGAGAUCCCCCGAACCCAGCCCUCAUGAUCCCAGCAGUACAGCACCCAACCGCAGUGCACGGCACCUGGCGAUCCUGGUGCGAGUUGAGGCGCACAGGAGGGAGGACUCGCUCAGGCUUCUGCUGCGAUCGAAUGCCGUGCAGGACAUCAUUGCAUGGCUGACCUCACCACACUGGUAA